AACUGACAGAAUCACUGAAGAUCGGGGGGGAGUGAUGAGUCAUUGAACUUUCCUAAAAAAAUCAAUUCGAAAGCAAAAACUUAUCAAAUCAAAUGAUGCAAACUCUGGUAAAGCAGCUUAAUCAAUCUGCCAUUCUCUUCCUUCAUCACUCCCCAUCUUCUCUCCACAGAGCUUUCUCCAAUACGUUGCCGUUCCGUCCCGCUCGAGCAUUUUCAGCUAUGGCUUCCUCAACCGAUGAGUUCGUUAAAGGCACUGUUCAUCCCAACGGCCUCGCUGUCAUCACUCUCGAUCGUCCCAAAGCCCUCAACGCCAUGAACCUUGAUAUGGAUAUCAAGUACAAGAGUUUUUUGGAUGAAUGGGAAGAAGACCCCAAAGUUAAGUGUGUACUGGUUGAGAGUAGCUCUGCUCGCGCCUUUUCAGCAGGUAUGGAUAUUAAAGGGGUUGUUGCUGAAAUCAAAAAGGACAAAACCACACCUCUUGUCCAAAAGGUUUUUUUUUUCUUUUUUUUCCUUAUUGAAUGCAGAACUCUUGAUGUGUUAAGUUUUUGAAUGUUUAUUCAAACGUUCGUUUCUAGAUGAUUGUCGAGAGUCCUUGAACGUUUUCGCUUCUUGUGCUUUCUCUGAUGACCUUAAAAAUUAAAUGGUAUUAAUUUUGUUAGCAUGCUGCGGAUUUUAAUAUGGGUGAUUGAUUGUAGAGCUUAGUGCGUAAUUAUAUGUGCAGGUGGAGAUGUCAAGCAGAUUUCAAGAAAAAAACAACAGUCAGAUAUGAUUGAGGUUUUGUGUGGUUCAUCAACCAUAGGCGAUAGCUUUCAACUCCACAUCAACUUUGCUAAAUGAAAUUAUAAAGUGAUUGUAUGCAAAAUGAAAUGGUUCUAGGAUUUCACAUCUAAAAAUGUUUGCUUAGUUACCCCGUGAUAUUAUCUUAGGACCCUUGUUUUGUGUAUAAAGUCUUCAUUAGAACAAAAAAAAUUCCAUCUUAUCGGCCCCUGCAAUUAUAUGAAUCUUAGGAUUUGUUUUGAUAGGUAUAGUAGCCAUAUGCACCUUUUUAUCUGGUGAUAUACCACUGGUAUUUUAGUGAAAUGUUUUCAAAUAGCCAGAUUCUCAUUCCUUUGCUUAGAUAAACCUGAGAUUAAGUAAAAAUAAAUGCUUUCUGGUAUAUUGUCUUUCUGGAACUUGAUGUGUAUCAUUCCAAUAAUGCAACAGGUGUUCACUGCUGAAUAUUCAUUAAUUUGCAAAAUAUUUUCAUACAAAAAGCCGUACAUUUCCUUCAUGGAUGGCAUCACAAUGGGAUUUGGGAUAGGCCUUUCUGGUCAUGGGCGAUACAGGCUUGUUACUGAGAGGACUGUUCUAGCUAUGCCAGAAAAUGGGAUAGGAUUGUUCCCAGAUGUUGGUUUCUCUUAUAUUGCAGCACAAAGCCCAGGAGAAGGCGCUGUCGGGGCUUACCUUGGACUGACAGGAAGUAGAAUAUCAACUCCUGCUGAUGCACUUUUUGUGGGCCUUGGAACCCACUAUGUACAUUCUGGAAAAUUGGGAUCCCUGAAGGAGGAUCUUUUGGGAACCUCCUUCUCCGAGGAUGCACAUGAAGAUAUCAGAGUGAUACUGGCAAAAUACAGCAGCAAUCCUGAGUCAGAGCCCCGUCUUAAGUUGCUUUUACCUCGAAUUAUUUCAACCUUUAGUGGUAGCAAGCCCGUCCAAGAGAUAAUAAAAGAGCUUGAAAAGCAUCAGGAGAGUGGUGAUACUUUAGUGGCAGAUUGGGCCAAGGAUGCUCUGCAAGGCCUCAAAAAGGGUGCUCCCUUCUCUCUCUUCCUCACUCAAAAAUACUUCGCCAAAGUUGCUUCUGCUCAUAAUAACAACGGGAGUGACUUAUCCAGGCUGCCCGGAGUAAUGAAAAUGGAGUAUCGAAUUGCUGUAAGGUCGUCUCUGCGAAACGAUUUUGCUGAAGGUGUUCGUGCAGUCUUAGUGGACAAGGAUCAGAAUCCGAAAUGGAACCCAUCAAGUUUGCAAGAAGUCAACUCCGCUGAGGUGGAAGCUCUUUUUGAACCACUAAGCCCAGAAGUCAGGGAGUUGAGCAUCUAAGUUCUCACUUAAAUGUGCCGCGAAAAAUGAGUUGAGAGUUAAAUGUGACUGCCAGAUUAGAAUGUAGUAGUGGUACUGUAAUCUUUCAUCACUUCUCAGUCACGGUCAGCAUGAAUUUUCAAGGACAUUGUUGUGCGCUGAAUUCUGAUAGUGAACUAUCCAGUUGGAGGAACAUUAUCGUAGUGAUUAGGGGCAUUGAACCCAGUCACUUCAUUGAAAAUAAAUAACCAGUAUCACCAGAAGAGGUUCUGGAGUUGGAAUCGGGAAAUUGUACCGAUCUUUCAAAUUCAGAAUGGACUUUCAUUUCAAUAACCACAGAAACACAAUUCCUUCGACUUCCACUCCCAGUAAAUUUAAAAUGACAAAGUUCAACUUUCUUCUAUUGUGAGAGACUUAUCGGACACAGAGUCAUCUUAUUUAUUAUGAAGUAUAUAAUAAAAAUUUGUGCCUAUAAAUAAGACUGGAAAGAGCAACGCACAAUAAAUUCGUAACAUGAUUAGAGGUCUGAUUUUAUGGAGAUUUAUUUACAACCCAAACUAAGAGGCGAAUUCCAGGAUGUGCCGAUAGCUCAAAUAUCCAAAAGAAUAGCAAUUCAGGAGCAGUCUCCACAUCUCAG